AUGUCCACCAAGUCUCCCACCACUACGGUUAUCCCCAUCGAAAUGGUUUCCCAAGCUCAGGUCCUUGAUCGUUCCCAGCCGCCCCAGAGUGCUCCUUCGUCCGUGUCGCGUCACUCUCACUCCAGCCGGCGACACCGUUCUAGUCGCUCCCACCAUGGCGGUCUCACCCACCAGCUCCAGAACGACUUUCCUAUCUUCACGCACACGGGCGAUGUCGAGAUUGUGAUCCGCGCAGGGGGGCAGGAACACCGGUAUCUCCUUCAUCGGCUGAUCUUGGCGCAAUGUUCGGGGUUCUUCGAGGCGAGCACUCGCGAGGAGUGGUCGCGACAAUCUGUUCCGCGGCCACCGAACUUGGACACGGGGGUCCUGUCGAGAAUCAGUGAAGACACCUCUUCGUUGUCAAACGGGUCUACCCUCGCCCAGUCGGAGAGUGGAGGAUCCGCUUGGUCAAUCGAGAAAAGACGGUGGAGAUAUGAAUUGGACUGGGUGAACAAGGCGGAGGACGAGGAGCCAAUUCUGGUGCAAAAGCCACCAAGCUUUUCCAGCGCCUUUGGGUACGAUGCUGGGCAAUACCCUCCGUCCGUGACCAAGCCGUCGAACACGCAAACGGGCUUCGUCCGGUCCAUGGCAAACCUGGCCGGGAUGCAGUCAGUGGUGAACCUGCCAAACCGCGCCAGUAUGGCCAACUCCCCGGCGGACCCCAUCAUCCGCGACUACGACAACCUCUUCCGCUUGUUCUACAACUAUCCGCCUGCGAUCAACAGCGUCAAUAUUGCGACGGCCUACUCAGAGUGUAGGGCCCUUCUUAACCUGGCCGAUAUGUACGAUGCGCUGCCUGUGACCGGACCCCGAGUGGACCAUCAUCUCCUGGGCUUUGGCUCUCGACUAUUCAAGCAAAUCGCCAAGUAUCCCCCCAGCUACCUGAAGCUGGGCUAUCUUGCGCGAAGCCGGGUCAUUUUCUCCGAGGCGCUCAUCCACGUCGUGGGACAGUGGCCGGCUGCACUGCCGCACCUGCGCAACGGGCCGUACUCGCCGCUCCCGAACGCCGUGCUGGACAUCAUCGAGGAUAAGGUGGAAGACCUGGAAGACCUGAAGGCGCGCAUCGAUUCGAAGCUCCUGCGGCUGACCCUGACGACCUCACGGGGGGAGCGUGUCAGUCCGACGAAUGCAUACCUGGACUGGCUGGCAGUUUCUCUUUUCCGGCAAUGGCUCGUCGACAGCACCACACCGCCGCCGACUCCUAUUCUCAAGAAUGGCUCGUCGAACGCGCAUGCUAGCACGAGUAACCACAACGGUCGCGGCUCGCAGUCGACCAGCCACCGACCCACGGACUCUAGCUCCAAGCCCGCCACCACGGCACCACCCUGGUCCCCGGCGCGCGUGUACCGUCUGAUCGGCUCCUCCAGCAGCCAAGCCUAUCUGCCACAUGAGGAGCUCAAACGAUUUCUCAAAGUGCACCCAACGCCGUCAUCGGAGUCGCUGUACACGCGCGAAGUUCUGAAACGGUUCGAGCGCAAGAUGGACGAGAUCAAGCGGCUGGCCCGCGAAAUCGUCAAGCCGCUCAUGCGCAACUUUCUUGAACUGGAUCUCAAGGGCAGCGAAUACAGCGAGGGCGGCUUACCCUAUUUAACCUGCACGAAAGUCGGAGACGAGGAUAUUCCCUGGGAGUGA